AAGUGCUGCUGGAGGUGCAGCCGGCACGUUCAGCUGUUAGUAAUCUCUCUAAGAAGUCUUUCAACGAGCAUGUGAGAACACCGAGCCGUUUCAGACACCGAGCACCGAACGUCUGCAGCAUACGCUCCCUUUGCACCAGACGCGUGCACAUGCAAGAGUGGCCUCUAGAUGCUACUGCAAUCCAACUAAAUCGGACCUUAUCGGACAACUCGUGAGGAAAAGAAAAGAAGUCACUUGAACCUGCUUUUCUAUACAGAAACAACUCCUCUAAGCCUAGAAAAGUACCCAUCGUGCAACCCCGUCCCUUUCCAACUGCACGGCUUCGCUGAACCUGCGGACCGGUUCAACUUGAAGGCGUUGUUCCCAAACCCUCGCUGCAGACGCCGGCGGAAGCUCCGGGCGCUCCUGCAGGAGAAGUAGCCCGCUCGCACCGAGCCCAUCCGCACACCACUCCGCCGCCCUCACUCCAGGAGCAAAUGCCAGCAUGACUAGGAUCUGAGGAGGCAUCUCCGUAUUCCUACCAGAAGUUUGUGGCUUCAGAGGAGGGGUGCAAGGACAACAGGAACAUUUGAGCUAAAAUGGAUAUCCCCACUGAUUUGGUGCCAUCAUCCAUGAUGUCCCAGCCUGAGGUGAUUGAGUCCACAGCCAUGAGUGAACCACAGUGCUACUACAAUGAAACCAUUGCCUUCUUUUAUAACCGGAGUGGAAAAUAUCUAGCCACUGAAUGGAACACUGUCAGCAAGCUUGUAAUGGGCUUGGGGAUUACCGUCUGCAUCUUCAUCAUGCUGGCCAACCUCUUGGUUAUGGUGGCUAUUUAUGUCAACCGACGAUUCCACUUUCCUAUUUAUUACUUAAUGGCCAACUUAGCUGCUGCGGACUUUUUUGCAGGGCUGGCCUACUUUUACUUAAUGUUUAACACGGGACCUAAUACUAGAAGACUGACCGUAAGCACCUGGCUUCUCCGCCAGGGUCUCAUUGACACUAGCCUGACAGCCUCUGUGGCCAAUCUGUUGGCCAUCGCUAUCGAGCGGCACAUUACAGUCUUUCGCAUGCAGCUACAUACUCGGAUGAGCAACCGGCGAGUGGUGGUGGUAAUUGUUGUUAUCUGGACUAUGGCCAUCGUAAUGGGCGCCAUACCAAGUGUCGGAUGGAACUGUAUUUGUGAUAUCACUCACUGCUCCAACAUGGCACCGCUCUAUAGUGACUCCUACCUGGUCUUUUGGGCUAUUUUCAACCUGGUCACUUUUGUGGUCAUGGUGGUCCUAUAUGCUCAUAUCUUUGGGUAUGUCCGCCAAAGGACUAUGAGAAUGUCCAGACACAGUUCUGGACCUCGCAGGAAUCGGGACACGAUGAUGAGCCUCCUGAAGACUGUGGUCAUUGUGCUUGGUGCUUUCAUAAUCUGCUGGACCCCAGGACUAGUCUUGCUUCUCCUCGAUGUGUGUUGCCCACAGUGCAAUGUCUUGGCCUACGAGAAGUUCUUCCUGCUCCUGGCAGAAUUCAACUCCGCCAUGAACCCCAUCAUCUACUCCUACCGGGACAAGGAGAUGAGCGCUACCUUCAAGCAGAUCCUCUGCUGCCAGCGCAGCGAGAGCACCAACGGCCCCACCGAAGGCUCCGACCGCUCGGCCUCCUCGCUCAACCACACCAUUCUGGCUGGCGUCCACAGCAACGACCACUCGGUGGUGUAAAGGCCCCGCCGGCCGCCCCACCGAUGGAGCUGCCCCAGGGAGGUAACCCACUCGCAAGAUUUUCUCAAACACUAAUGGACCACAAGCGCUUCUUUUCCAGGGAGCCCGGUGCGGCGCUGUGCCGGCAUCGCCGUGCUGUGAGGCCUUUGCCUUCUGCUUGUGGAAGUGGAAAGCAGAGACAGAGAGCCCCUGGGGAGCCUCGCUGAGACUUCGUCGGCCCUUGCAGCGCCUUGGUGCCAGUCUGAAUAAACUGAUUAAUUAAGCUUAUACCUGCUUCACUGCAUUUACAUGUAGCCACUUAGUCUUUUUAAAAAGGGAGUAAAGGGGAUAAAAGUAUGCCUUUCAUUUAAUAGACAUGUAAUAUUUAUCACCAUCAGCAUGCUUUUGAUGAACAUUUUCUGUGCAGGGAGUAAAACCGUGCUGUAGUCUUCAUAUCCUUAGCCACACUGCCGUAACUACAGUAAAAGCAAAAGUAUUUUUUCUAAUACAGGCAACAGGAAGAUGAUGGGAACUGACUCUCCUUACCUUCGUUACUGGUGUUAGAAAGCAUGCAUGUUCUGUGUGUAUGCGCGUUGUUCUAAUUACGGGGGGAAAAAAGCUGUUGUAAAGUCUGCAGGAAAGUAGAAAAGCAUAGACUGUAUUCCAGUGUUUGUUUAGAUUAUGAAAUAAACAAUACUCUAGUCACAAGGUACUUAAUGUUCUUCUUUGAAGUGUGGUAUGAAAUGUGUAACAUGUGAGGGGUCCCAAGUUUUUCAGGGUCAAGUUCUUAAAGCAGGACACAUCUCCAGGGCUACAGUCAUGUUGGUAAGCCUGAAAAAAAAAUGUGUUUUUUUUUGCUGUUUAAAUGCUUUUCUGCUUUUGAUGGAAGGGAAUGAGAUUUUUAACAUGAAAAAAAGCAUACUGUUUAAGAUACUUGUAAUUAGAAACAAAACAACUUCUGUGUCUUGCACUGAGAAAUGUUUAUGGGGUAUCUUUUUUAGUUUAUUUACCUUGCAUUUCAAAAGCAGUGGGCUACUCGGAACCGAGGUACAAUUAUAUUUUGUAAAGUCAAGACUAAAUAUUUAGUAGUCUGUUGCAAAUGACUGAACUUUUCUAUAUAUAGUAGCCACACUUGCACAUUACUAUGAAAAACUAAGCUAACAGAUGCAUUUUUUUUGUAUGCAGCUGUUUCAAAGAGAAAUGCCACUAACAUGAAUGUCACAAGAAUCAAAGACAUUCGUCCAAAUUCCUUGACAGGAAUAAACAGAAGCAAAGAUGGGACUUUGCAGAUAAAGAACUUGGGACCUUUCUCUGAGAAAUUAUGUUCUUCUAACAGUGUAAAAUGUAUCAACAGUGAAUUCCUAGGACCAUUUUCCUUAUAGUAAUAUGCCUCUAUCGCAAAAAAAAACCAAAAAAACAAAAAAACAAAAAAACAAAAAAAACCAAAAAAAAACAAAAAAGAAAAAAAAAGAAAAAAAAAAGAGAGAAAAAAAAGAAAGAAAGAGAAAAAAAAUCUGAGAAAAAUCUGAGGUGUAUCAGUCAGUGUAAUGUACUGGAAUGUAACGUAAGGCACAAUAUUCUCCCAUGUGGGCAGGGAAGAAAUGGAGAGGAGAGGAUCAGCCUAUCACAAAGCAUUUUUUAGCAUCUCUGUUUAAAAUCAUGGGGGAAAAAAAAUUGCUUCAAAAAAGCAUGAUGGAGGGAAGAACAAGUGAGCAAAAUCUGACUCCACUGGAUAAAGUGAGAGCUUUGCCACUGCUUUCAGUAAAACUGAAAUUCACUUGUAUUGUUGAGCCAAGUUUUUAUGGACAGUGUUGAAGGAGAUGUGAGGAGAGGGGAUAGCAGAAGCACUGUCUGCCAGCUGACCGAGGUAUCCUAUGUGGCACUUCCUUUGGACAAAGCAGAUAUCUUUUUCUGACUGUAAAAGAGCGAGUGAAUCUGAAGGUUGAUUUGUGUCCAAUUCACAUAACUGUAUUGAGAAAGAGGAGAACAGGCAGAAUGAACUUCUUCAUUUAAAAGCAUCUGCUUGGUAAGCCACUCAUAAAUGUUUAGUGGUGCCUGCAUGGUGGUCAGGCUAGUGCAGGUAAGCAGAAAAAAGGGGAGGGUAAGAGUGUCUCCACAGAGAGGGGGCAUCUGAGAAACAUAUUUUUUUGUUAUUUCAAGAGUGCUCCCUGGAUCCAGAGAUAGCACCCUUUCACGUCCCUUCCUUCCACACAAAAGAGUAGGAGCAUCACGCACACAUUGUUUUGGGGGGAGGUUUCUCUUUUCCCAGUGUCCUUCUAACUGCUGUUUGCAUGUUCUUUUCAGAGUGAGUUUGGGAGGGUGAUGUUGAGAAAUAGCAGUUUCAUUCACCCCGGAUUUCUGUGCUGAAAGAGUGUGGUGGUUUUGGAGAAGCAGUAGCUGAAUAAUGUAACCAGGAGCAUGAUUGCUCAUGACGUGCUGCUGGGUCCCGGGGGCCCACGUGAAGAUGGAUGCCCAGGAAGGCUUUUCUGUUCUCAUUACAAUUGCAACAGGUGGCAGGUGCUGCCCAGGUACGCCGGUCAGACCUUCUCCAAUGAGACACUCCGUUAUUCAAGAAGCUGGACCUGACCUUCCGGAUUCUUAACGGCAGAUAAAAUUCACUCGUGGGAGAGAUUAACCCGGGAGCACUUUUGGCAGCACGUGGCUUUUUCUUGUAGAAGGUGAAAUGAGAUGCUUUAGACCAAAAGCAACGAGAUGCAGAAGUUUCUUCUAAGAUUCCACUACAGGGACUAACUGAGUAUGUGGCUGCUGUUUAAAGAUUUAAUUAGUACUUUGUUUUAUUCACAUGAUCUCCCUAUAUCCUUGAGAAAUCUGAUCUGUGGAUUGAGUGUUUCUUUGCAAGCUAAUGAAAUUAAAGCUGCUGUGAGCAAAGAAAAUAAAAUCAAGAGCUUGGAGUAGAAGGA